AUGGCUGCUGAUCAAGUCACCAUCAGUGAUGAGGCUAAGGGCGGUGUUACAGCCGACGCGGCUGUCAAAGCCAUUAAGGCUGGACGAAACAAGGAUGUUGAUAUUGCCGCACAGAUCGUCAGCGACUAUGCAGAUCAAAUGGAUGGUGAAAGCUGGUCUGCCGAGGAAGAACGAAAGUUGAUCCGCAGAAUCGAUUGGAGACUUAUCCCCACGCUAUUCGUUUGUGCCACUCUAUCAGGCCUUGAUAAAACCGCCAUCUCGGCCGCUGCAGUUUACAACAUCAAGACGGAUCUGAAUUUUACUGGAAAUGAGUUUUCAUGGAUUGGAUCAGCACCAUUCUUCGGUGGACUGUUGUUCAUGGGCCCUUUGGCCUACUGUUUGCAAAGGGUCCCUGCCGUGCCAUUCUUCGCUUUCAAUGUUCUCUGCUGGGGUAUUCUGGAGAUGUGCAUGGCAGCAUGCACCAGCUUUGGUGGCCUUUUCGCGUGCAGAUUUCUUCUAGGCGGUUGUGAAUCACUGUUGAUCCCCGCUGUCACAUUAGUUGUCUCAAUGUGGUAUCGACCCGAGGAACAACCAAAGAGGAACAGCAUUAUCCUAAACGUGGUUGCGCCUAUUAUUAAUGGGUUCGUCGCUUGGGUUGUUGGGUAUUACAAUGGCCCGUACGAAAGAUGGAAGAUUAUCUUCCUUCUAGUGGGAGGUCUCACUAUCAUCACAUCUGUCGUGGUGUAUCUCGUAUUGCCAAACAACCCCCUGGAAGCCAAGUUCCUUACACCCCGGGAAAAGUACAUUGUCAUUCAACGCAAAGCCGCUGAUAACACCGGUAUCGAGUCCAAGACUUUCAAGAUGGACCAAGUCUGGGAAGCUAUCUUCGAUAUCAAGACAUGGUUGAUUUGGAUUGCUAUUGCUGCUUUGCAGGUACCAAAUGGCGGGUUGACAACUUUCAAUACGCUCAUCAUUUCUGGGCUUGGCUUCGAUUCCCUUCAGACCUCGUUGCUGGCUAUGCCUCCUGGUGCCAUGAGCACUUUGUCCGGAAUCGGUCUCUCUUAUCUGGCUGCUACUACAAGACGAUAUCGUACGGCAAUCGUGACCGUCUCUAUUCUUCUCCCACUGUUGGGUGCUGUGCUUUGUUAUGCGCUACCGCGAACGAACCUUGCCGGUCAGCUCGUUGGGCUAUACAUCUUGUAUACAUACUGGGCCCCUUACGUCACCUUGGUCUCGGUAUACCAGGCUAAUGUUGCAGGUCAUACAAAGAAAAUCACACUCUACGCCUGGUUUUACAUUGCCUGGGCCACCGGAAACAUCAUCGGACCUCAAACAUUCCGAGCAGAUCAAGCUCCCGAAUAUACUGGUGGAACUGUGGCAAUGAUUGUAUGCUAUAUCGUUGCGAUGGCUGCUAUCACAGCAUAUGGUCUAGUCUGCCACAUGAGCAAUAAGAAGCGCGCAGAGGCCAUCGAAGCUCGUAUGGCUGCCGACCAUGACUGGUUGGAUAUGACGGAUAAGGAGAAUGUGGGAUUCAAGUACACUACCUGA